GUCACACACGCGAUGCAUACAAUGUAGAAGCCGAAGAUGAAGUAUAGGAACCAUAUCUUCGUUCUGAGCAAGGAGGUCCUUACACUGCACAGAGCGGCAAAAUGAACGCCGUGGCAGCACCUUCCAGUGAGCAACCGCCACAGCAAAAACAAGGAUGCUAUCUCUUCUUCAGGCUUCAGAGUCGACCUAGUAUUCAAGCCCUUGGGGCGCUCUGCUUCAUUUGCAACGCUCUCCUCCUGCUGCUGCUCUUUUUCAUCCUUAUCAAUCCUGAAGAGGCAACCAUGUACAUGAAGCUCAGUAUCAUCAGGACUAACGUCAAAGAAAUGACCUUGGCUCCCGUUCCUUUCGUGGUGACCACGUGUAUUAGUAUCAUGGUGGAUCUGUUCCUGGUUGUUGGUAUUGAAGACAACUGUCCCCAGGCUCUGACGACGUUCAUCAAUUGGGGAUCUCUUUGCAUGGGCUUUGAACUGGUCGCCUGGAUCGGAAUUAUUAUCGUCAAAGUGAAUAAAGUGAACAGCGGUUUCUUCAUACUGCCCACUGUGAUACUGGUGAGCCUGAUGUUCUUCAAGGUGUAUACUGUGAAGCAUUUGUCUUCGUACAGAGACAGCAUCGUGAAAAGCCCGGCGACCGGUGGUGCCUCUGUGAGCAACUAGGUGCAUGCAUCAGACAAAAGAGGAGGGUGACUGCUGCUGCAUUUGUCACCACGUGUGUGACGACGUCUAUGACGUGAUGCUUCGCUCUUGUUUUGCAUCUUGCAUUAUAUGUGUUGACACCACGAAGGGAACGCUUA